AUGCUCCAAAUAAUUGGAUUAAUAUAUUCACAGAACAUUGUUGUAGUCAGUAACCGUAUUUCUUUCUAUUUCCAGGCAUUUUUACAUAAAUUCACCGAAUGGCCAAGUGGAAAUCCCAACAAGGACAGGAUUCUCAUGGCUGGAGGUAGCCAAGGUACCUUCAGGCCUGGCUCCAACCCUUUGUUCACAACAUAUCAAAUGAAAAUUGGUGCAGUUACUUUCCAGAUUGCUACUGGAGAUAUUACCAAAGAAAAGGCAGAUGUGAUUGUAAACUCAACAACAAGGACAUUUAAUCUGAAAUCAGGGGUGUCAAAAGCAGUUUUAGAAGGUGCCGGGCCAGCUGUGGAAAAUGAAUGUGCUGUACUAGCCGCACAGCCUCACAGAGAUUUCAUAAUUACGCAAGGUGGAUACUUAAUGUGCAAGAUAAUAAUUCAUGUGCUUGGGGAAAAUGAUGUCAGGAAAACGGUCUCCACUGUUCUAGAAGAGUGUGAGCAGAGGAAGUACACUUCAGUCUCCCUUCCAGCCAUCGGAACAGGCAAUGCUGGAAAAAACCCAACCACAGUUGCUGAUGACAUGAUCAGUGCUAUUACAGACUUUGCACAGAAACAUCCCACCGCAUCGUUACAAAAAGUUAAAGUUGUCAUCUUUCUAUCUGAAUUGCUAAAUGUAUUCUAUGACAACAUGAAAAAGAGAGAAAAUUCCACAUCACCUGCCCUUCAGUCCACAUGCUUUGAGACUGCAUGUAAUCUUCCUGAACACUGGGCUGACAUGAAUAAGCAGCUGUCCUGUGUGAUCAAGCUAUAUCCCGGACAGUCAGAAUAUGACACCAUAAAGGACAAGUUCUCUGAGACUUGUCUUUCCUACAAAAUAGAGAAGAUUGAGAAGAUACAGAAUAUAUGCCUCUGGCAGAGCUACCAGAUAAAGAAAAAGCACAUGGACUUGAAGAAUGGCCAUACAGAUAAUGAGAGAGUCCUGUUCCAUGGGACAGAUGCAGACUCAGUGCCAUAUGUCAAUCAGCAUGGCUUUAAUCGCAGUUAUGCUGGGAAGAAUGGUGCAGCCUAUGGAAAAGGAACCUAUUUUGCUGUUGAUGCCAGCUAUUCUGCUGAUGAUAUAUAUUCCAGACCAGAUGGCAAUGGGAGAAAGCAUAUUUAUGUUGUACGAGUACUUACAGGAGUCUAUGCACGUGGACAUGCAGGAUUAGUUACCCCUCCAUCAAAGAACCCUCACAAUCCCACGGAUCUGUUUGACUCUGUCACAGAUGAUAUACAAUAUCCAAAGCUAUUUGUGGUAUUCUCUGAUAAUCAAGCUUACCCAGAAUAUCUCAUAACUUUUAGGUGUUAAAAAACAGGUUGUUUCUUUUUUUUUUUUUCAUCUCAAAGAGAUGAUUUAGUCAUCUAUUUAUAAGAACAAUUUAUAGGGUUUUUGUCUUUGCCUUUGGCUUGUUUAUGUAGGUAAAAAUCUCUCUGUUAGGUGCUAAAAUGCUGAAAACAGCCUUUUAAAAAUGCUCUAUUGCAAUUUGUAGCAUACCUCUUUUCUGAGCAUAUUGAUGAGUGGAAGCUAAGAAAUGUGGAUGACAUAAUUAUAGCUACAACUAUUUACAGACACCAAAUGUGUAGGAGAACAAAGAGCACAUUACUUUUGUCUAGCAGAGAAGAAAUAAGAUGAAUCACUUUAAAACCAAGAUGUCAUUGUUCUUAUAGAACAUGUUAAGACAUCAAACUGUGUUGGGCUCAACUGUACUAUUAAAUGAAUAGGCUGCUAAUGUGCAUCUGUAACAGCUGGGAAUUUUGCCUCCUGAAGGAAUACUUAGUAGCCAGAGCUCAGCUAGAAUGAUUGAAUCAAAUCUGUUGUGGAAUAAAUCAG